GCAAAGAAUACAAAAUGUGCACACUUAGCCCCAGCCCCAAGUCGGAGGAAAUUUACAAAACUGUUGUGGAGAAAGUGCUGGAGCACACCUGCCAGGAAAAACCAAGCAAGUAUUAUUUUCUAAUUAAGCAAAAUCAACACAACUCGAAAGAUUUUUCCCUAGCCAAAAUAACCUUCAGAGAAGAGCCAUUGCUCAACUUGGGGGAUAACCUUAAGGAGGAUGAAACGUUUGCUUCAGUUUUUAACAAUUCAGGAAUAUCGCACAAAAAAUUGAAGAAGAAAAAAAAAGAAGAGUACCUAUUAAGAAAAUUAAAAUCGUCCAAUGUUACUGUAUCUGAUGAACAGAUCGUAGCAAAAUUAAAGAAGCUCCUAAAAUGUGGAAAAAACAACAAGGAAAUUAUUUUUAAAAAGGAUAGUCUUCACGAAUUACAUAAUUCUUACGCAUUUUAUGAUGAUGCAUUUUGCGAAAACUUUUACGUAAUAGGUGAUGAGUUCGAUUUUCAAAUAUCCAAACAGCUAAAUGGUUUGUCCGUCUUGUCACUAAGCAAGUGUAGCAGCAUUUUUUUUACAAUUUUAAACGACUUAAAAGCUGAUAGUUCCAAAAGCUUCAUACAAUUAAUUAAGGACACUGUAAAAGUAGAAUACGAUCCAAGAUUACUAAAUGCUCGCGUAUCCGGGAAGAGAAAAAAAAAUGCUCUUUUUGUCAACGAAAAUAUGACUAUUUUAAAAAUAUUCUAUAAAGAUAAGCUGUACAUGGUUAAAAAUAAAAUAUUCGGUUACCAACACGACAUUAAUGAAAACCUCGUGAAAAAUCCCCACCUCUUAUUUUUGGGCGAACAGGAGGCGUGGAUACUUAUCUUGAAAUGCAAGGAAGAGGCUAUUUCACAAAAAUGUAUAACUGCAACUCGCUACGAAGAAGAACGGAAAAGUGUGAUUGAACAGCACGACUGUGUUUUAGGUUCCUUGCGGAAGU